GCAGGCGUGGCGGCGUCGAAGCCCGAGCUGCGGGGCGGAGCGCCGGGCCGCGAGCGCAAGAGAGGAGCGGGGAGAGGGAAGCGGGGCUCCUCUGUCGGGACCCCCUCUCCAUGUGGAGCUGCCCCGGCGGCGACGGCGGCGGAGGCGGCGAGCGAGAAGAUGCCCGGCCCGCGCCGAGCCGCUCUGUGGGCGCUGCUGGCGCUCUGGCUGAGCCGCGCGGCCCCCGCGCGCGCGUUGCAGUGUCGGGAUGGCUAUGAGCCCUGUGUGAAUGAAGGAAUUUGUGUUACAUACCACAAUGGCACAGGAUACUGCAAAUGCCCAGAGGGCUUCUUGGGAGAAUAUUGUCAACAUCGAGACCCCUGUGAGAAGAACCGUUGUCAAAAUGGUGGGACCUGUGUGGCCCAGGCCAUGUUGGGGAAAGCUACGUGCCGAUGUGCUCCAGGGUUCACAGGAGAAGAUUGUCAGUAUUCAACCUCUCACCCCUGCUUUGUGUCUCGCCCCUGCCUGAAUGGAGGUACCUGCCACACACACAGCCGGGAUACCUUUGAGUGCACCUGCCAAGUUGGUUUUACAGGGAAGCUGUGCCAAUGGACUGAUGCCUGCCUGUCUCAUCCUUGUGCAAAUGGAAGUACCUGCACCACUGUGGCCAACCAGUUCUCCUGCAAAUGCCUCGCAGGCUUCACAGGACAAAAGUGUGAGACAGAUGUCAAUGAGUGUGAUGUUCCAGGACGCUGUCAGCAUGGUGGUACCUGCCUCAACCUGCCUGGUUCCUACCAAUGCCAGUGUCCCCAGGGAUUCACAGGCCAGCAUUGUGACAGCCCUUAUGUGCCUUGUGCACCCUCCCCCUGUGUCAAUGGAGGCACCUGCCGGCAGACUGGUGACUUCACUUUUGAGUGCAACUGCCUUCCAGGUUUUGAAGGGAACACCUGUGAGCGGAACAUUGAUGACUGCCCUAACCACAAGUGUCAGAAUGGAGGGGUUUGUGUGGAUGGAGUCAACACUUACAACUGCCGCUGCCCUCCUCAGUGGACAGGGCAGUUCUGCACAGAGGAUGUGGACGAGUGCCUGCUGCAACCCAACGCCUGUCAGAAUGGAGGAACCUGCACCAACCGCAAUGGGGACUACGGCUGUGUGUGUGUUAAUGGCUGGAGCGGAGAUGACUGCAGUGAGAACAUUGAUGAUUGUGCCUUCGCCUCCUGCACCCCGGGCUCCACCUGCAUUGACCGUGUGGCCUCCUUCUCUUGCAUGUGUCCAGAGGGAAAGGCGGGUCUCUUGUGUCAUCUGGAUGAUGCAUGCAUCAGCAACCCUUGCCACAAGGGGGCACUGUGUGACACCAACCCUCUGAAUGGGCAGUAUAUUUGCACCUGCCCACCGGGCUACAAAGGUGCUGACUGUACAGAAGAUGUGGACGAAUGUACCAUGGCCAAUAGCAAUCCUUGUGAGCACGCAGGAAAAUGCAUGAACACAGAUGGUGCUUUCUACUGUGAGUGUCUGAAGGGCUAUGCAGGACCUCGCUGUGAGAUGGACAUCAAUGAGUGCCAUUCAGACCCCUGUCAGAAUGACGCCACCUGCUUGGAUAAGAUUGGAGGCUUCACGUGUUUGUGCAUGCCAGGUUUCAAAGGUGUGCAUUGUGAAUUGGAGAUAAAUGAAUGUCAGAGCAACCCUUGUGUGAACAAUGGGCAAUGUGUGGAUAAAGUCAAUCGUUUCCAAUGUCUCUGUCCACCUGGUUUUACUGGGCCAGUGUGCCAGAUUGAUAUUGAUGACUGCUCCAGUACUCCAUGUCUAAACGGGGCAAAGUGCAUCGAUCACCCGAAUGGCUAUGAAUGCCAGUGUGCCACAGGUUUCACUGGUGUGUUGUGUGGGGAGAACAUCGACAACUGUGACCCUGAUCCCUGCCACCACGGCCAGUGCCAGGACGGGAUUGACUCCUACACCUGCAUCUGCAACCCUGGGUACAUGGGCGCCAUCUGCAGCGACCAGAUCGACGAGUGUUACAGCAGCCCCUGCUUGAACGAUGGUCGCUGCAUCGACCUGGUGAACGGCUACCAGUGCAAUUGUCAGCCGGGCACGUCGGGGGUCAAUUGUGAAAUCAACUUUGAUGACUGUGCGAGCAGCCCUUGUGUCCAUGGAGUCUGUGUGGAUGGCAUCAAUCGCUACAGUUGUGUCUGCUCCCCAGGAUUCACAGGGCAGAGAUGUAACAUUGACAUUGAUGAGUGUGCCUCCAAUCCUUGUCGCAAGGGCGCGACAUGCGUCAAUGAUGUGAACGGUUUCCGCUGCCUAUGUCCUGAGGGCCCCCAUCACCCCAGCUGCUAUUCACAGGUGAACGAAUGUCUGAGCAAUCCCUGCAUUCAUGGCAACUGUACUGGAGGCCUCAGUGGAUAUAAGUGCCUCUGUGAUGCAGGUUGGGUUGGUAUCAACUGUGAAGUAGACAAAAAUGAAUGUCUUUCUAACCCAUGCCAGAAUGGAGGAACUUGUGACAAUCUGGUGAAUGGAUACAGAUGCACUUGCAAGAAGGGUUUUAAAGGCUAUAACUGCCAGGUGAAUAUUGAUGAAUGUGCUUCAAAUCCGUGCUUGAACCAAGGAACCUGCUUUGAUGACAUAAGUGGCUACACUUGCCACUGUGUUCUACCCUACACAGGCAAUAAUUGUCAGACUGUCUUGGCUCCCUGUUCCCCAAACCCUUGUGAGAACGGUGCUGUUUGCAAAGAGGCACCAGACUUUGAGAGUUACACCUGCGUGUGUGCUCCUGGCUGGCAAGGUCAGCGGUGUACAAUUGACAUUGACGAGUGUGUCUCCAAGCCCUGCCUGAACCAUGGUCUCUGCCACAACACCCAGGGCAGCUACAUGUGCGAGUGUCCUCCAGGCUUCAGUGGGAUGGACUGUGAGGAGGACAUCGACGACUGCCUCGCCAAUCCUUGCCAGAAUGGAGGUUCCUGUAUGGAUAGAGUGAAUACUUUCUCCUGCCUCUGCCUUCCGGGCUUCAUUGGGGAUAAGUGCCAAACUGACAUGAAUGAGUGUCUGAGUGAACCGUGUAAGAAUGGAGGAACCUGCUCCGACUACGUCAACAGCUACACCUGCAAGUGUCAGGCAGGAUUCGAUGGAGUCCACUGUGAGAACAACAUCGACGAGUGCACCGAGAGCUCCUGUUUCAAUGGUGGCACGUGUGUUGAUGGGAUCAACUCCUUCUCUUGCUUGUGCCCUGUGGGUUUCACUGGUCCCUUCUGCCUCCAUGAGAUCAAUGAAUGCAACUCUCAUCCGUGCUUGAAUGAGGGAACUUGUGUUGAUGGCCUGGGCACCUAUCGCUGCACCUGCCCCCUGGGCUACACAGGGAAAAACUGUCAGACCCUUGUGAACCUCUGCAAUCGGUCUCCAUGUAAAAACAAAGGAACUUGUGUACAGGAGAAAGCAGAAUCCCGGUGCCUGUGUCCACCUGGAUGGGCCGGUGCUUACUGUGACGUGCCUAGCGUCUCCUGCAGCAUAGCAGCCUCCAACAGAGGUGUGUCUGUUGCCCACUUAUGCCAGCACUCAGGCGUCUGUAUCGAUGCUGGGAGCACACACCACUGCCAGUGCCCUCUGGGCUACACUGGGAGCUACUGUGAGGAACAGCUUGAUGAGUGUGCAUCGAAUCCCUGCAAGCACGGCGCCACCUGCAGCGACUUCAUUGGUGGAUACAGAUGUGAGUGUGUUCCAGGGUAUCAGGGUGUCAAUUGUGAAUACGAAGUGGAUGAGUGCCAGAAUCAGCCAUGCCAGAAUGGAGGCACCUGCAUUGACCUUGUGAACCAUUUCAAGUGCUCCUGCCCACCAGGCACUCGAGGCCUGCUUUGUGAAGAGAACAUUGAUGACUGCGCUGGGGGGCCCCACUGCCUUAAUGGUGGUCAGUGUGUAGAUCGGAUUGGGGGCUACAGCUGUCGCUGCUUGCCUGGCUUUGCUGGGGAGCGGUGUGAGGGGGACAUCAAUGAGUGCCUCUCCAGCCCCUGCAGCUCUGAGGGCAGCCUGGACUGCAUCCAGCUCACCAACAACUACCUGUGUGUCUGCCGUGGCGCCUUCACCGGCCGUCACUGUGAAACCUUUGUGGAUGUGUGUCCCCAGAUGCCUUGCAUGAACGGAGGCACCUGUGCUGUGGCCAGCAACAUGCCUGAUGGCUUCAUUUGUCGCUGUCCCCCGGGAUUCUCCGGGGCAAGAUGCCAGAGCAGCUGUGGCCAAGUGAAGUGUCGGAGAGGGGAGCAGUGUGUGCACACUGCCUCAGGACCCCGCUGCUUCUGCCCUAACCCCCAGGACUGUGAUGCAGGCUGUGCCAGUAGCCCCUGCCAGCACGGGGGCAGCUGCUACCCUCAGCGCCAGCCUCCUUAUUACUCUUGCCACUGUGCCCCUCCGUUCUGGGGCAGCCACUGCGAACUCUAUUCAACCCCCACCAGCAGCCCGCCUGCCACCUGUCUCAGCCAAUAUUGCGCCGACAAAGCUCGAGAUGGCGUCUGUGAUGAGGCCUGCAACAGCCAUGCCUGCCAGUGGGAUGGGGGUGACUGUUCCCUCACUAUGGAGGACCCCUGGGCCAACUGCUCCUCCCCACUCCCCUGCUGGGAUUACAUCAACAACCAGUGUGAUGAGCUGUGCAACACAGCCGAGUGCCUCUUUGACAACUUUGAAUGCCAGGGAAACAGCAAGACAUGCAAGUAUGACAAGUAUUGUGCAGACCACUUCAAAGAUAACCACUGUGACCAGGGAUGCAACAGUGAGGAGUGUGGCUGGGACGGGCUGGACUGUGCUGCUGACCGACCUGAGAACCUGGCAGAGGGCACGCUGGUCAUUGUGGUGCUGAUGCCCCCUGAACAGCUGCUUCAGGAUGCUCGCAGCUUCUUGCGGGCCCUGGGCACCCUGCUGCACACCAACCUGCGCAUUAAACGGGACUCCCAGGGAAACCUGAUGGUAUACCCCUAUUAUGGUGAGAAGUCGGCCGCCAUGAAGAAGCAGAGGAUGACACGUAGAUCCCUUUCUGAUGAACAAGAACAGGAGGUGGCUGGCUCUAAGGUAUUUCUGGAGAUCGACAACCGCCAGUGUGUUCAAGACUCAGACCAGUGCUUCAAGAACACCGAUGCAGCAGCAGCUCUGCUGGCUUCUCACGCCAUCCAGGGGACCCUCUCAUACCCUCUCGUGUCUGUCGUCAGUGAAUCUCUGGCUCCAAAGCCCACGCAGCUCCUCUAUCUACUCGCUGUUGCCGUGGUCAUCAUCCUGUUUAUCAUCUUGCUGGGAGUAAUCAUGGCAAAACGAAAGCGGAAGCAUGGCUCCCUCUGGCUGCCUGAAGGUUUCACCCUUCGCCGAGACUCCAGCAAUCACAAGCGUCGUGAGCCAGUGGGACAGGAUGCUGUGGGGCUGAAAAAUCUCUCAGUGCAAGUCUCAGAGGCGAAUCUAAUUGGUUCUGGAACAAGUGAACACUGGGUCGAUGAUGAAGGACCCCAGCCAAAGAAGGCCAAGGCUGAAGAUGAGGCUCUACUCUCGGAAGAGGACGACCCCAUUGACCGACGCCCGUGGACACAGCAGCACCUAGAAGCUGCAGACAUCCGUCGGACACCGUCGCUGGCCCUCACUCCUCCUCAGGCAGAGCAGGAGGUGGAUGUGCUGGACGUGAACGUCCGGGGCCCAGAUGGGUGCACCCCACUGAUGUUGGCCUCUCUCCGAGGAGGCAGCUCCGAUGUGAGUGAUGAAGAUGAGGAUGCUGAGGACUCUGCUGCCAACAUCAUCACAGACUUGGUCUACCAAGGUGCCAGCCUCCAAGCUCAGACAGACAGGACCGGUGAGAUGGCCCUGCACCUUGCAGCCCGCUACUCGAGGGCCGAUGCUGCCAAGCGGCUCCUGGAUGCAGGUGCCGAUGCCAACGCCCAGGACAACAUGGGCCGCUGCCCUCUCCAUGCUGCAGUAGCAGCUGAUGCCCAAGGUGUCUUCCAGAUUCUGAUCCGCAAUCGAGUAACUGAUCUAGAUGCCAGGAUGAAUGAUGGAACCACACCUCUGAUCCUGGCCGCCCGCCUGGCUGUGGAGGGCAUGGUGGCAGAACUGAUCAACUGCCAAGCAGAUGUGAACGCCGUGGAUGACCAUGGAAAAUCUGCUCUGCACUGGGCAGCUGCUGUCAACAAUGUGGAGGCAACUCUUUUACUAUUGAAAAAUGGGGCCAACCGAGACAUGCAGGACAACAAGGAAGAAACACCUCUGUUUCUUGCUGCCCGAGAGGGGAGCUAUGAAGCAGCCAAGAUCCUCUUGGACCACUUUGCCAAUCGGGACAUCACGGACCACAUGGAUCGUCUUCCCCGCGAUGUGGCUCGGGACCGCAUGCACCAUGACAUUGUGCGCCUCCUGGAUGAAUACAAUGUGACACCCAGCCCCCCAGGCACCGUGCUGACCUCUGCUCUUUCCCCUGUCAUCUGUGGGCCCAACAGGCCUUUCCUCAGCCUGAAGCACACCCCAAUGGGCAAGAAGCCUCGGCGGCCCAACGCCAAAAGUGCCAUCCCCACCAGCCUCCCAAACCUGGCCAAGGAGGCCAAGGAGGCCAAGGGUAGUAGGAGGAAGAAGUCUCUGAGUGAGAAGGUCCAGCUGUCUGAGAGCUCAGUGACUUUAUCCCCUGUGGAUUCUCUGGAGUCUCCUCACACAUACGUGUCUGAUACCACAUCCUCUCCAAUGAUCACGUCCCCUGGGAUCUUGCAGGCCUCACCCAACCCUAUGUUGGCCACAGCUGCCCCCAAUGCCCAAGUCCAUGCACAGCAUGCACUGUCUUUCUCUAACCUUCAUGAAAUGCAGCCUUUGGCUCAUGGUGGGGCCAGCACUGUGCUUCCCUCAGUGAGCCAGUUGCUCUCCCACCACCACAUUGUCCCCCCAGGCAGUGGCAGUGCGGGAAGCUUAGGUAGGCUCCAUCCAGUCACCGUUCCAGCCGACUGGAUGAACCGUGUGGAGGUGAAUGACACCCAGUACAAUGAGAUGUUUGGUAUGGUCCUGGCUCCAGCUGAGGGCACCCACCCUGGCAUGGCUCCCCAGAGCAGGCCACCUGAAGGGAAGCACAUAACCACCCCACGGGAGCCCUUGCCCCCCAUUGUGACUUUCCAGCUCAUCCCCAAGGGAAGUAUUGCCCAGCCCACUGGGGCUCCCCAGACUCAGUCCAGUUGUCCCCCUGCUGUUGCAGGCCCACUGCCCACCAUGUACCAGAUUCCAGAAAUGGCCCGUUUGCCCAGUGUGGCUUUCCCCACUGCCAUGAUGCCCCAGCAGGAUGGGCAGGUAACUCAGACCAUUCUUCCAGCCUAUCAUCCUUUCCCCGCCUCUGUGGGCAAGUACCCUACACCCCCUUCACAGCAUAGCUAUGCUUCCUCAAGUGCUGCUGAGCGAACACCCAGUCACAGUGGCCACCUCCAGGGUGAGCAUCCAUACCUGACACCAUCCCCAGAGUCUCCUGACCAGUGGUCAAGUUCAUCACCCCACUCUGCUUCUGACUGGUCAGAUGUGACCACCAGUCCUACUCCUGGGGGUGCUGGAGGUGGUCAGCGGGGACCUGGGACACACAUGUCUGAGCCACCACACAGCAACAUGCAGGUGUACGCGUGAAAGAGUCUGCCUCCAGUGCAGGGGCAGAACUGCCGACUGUAAAUGCUGCUGAGGAACAAAUGAAGGUCAUCCGGGGGAGAAAUGAAGAAAUCUCUGCGACCAGCUUCUGGAGGCAGGAGGGGGAAGUGCUCCUCCUCUCUCAGCGGAUGUGAGAGCAGCAGCUCGUCAGCUUCGCCGGGCAUCUGCAGGGUUUGGUGGGAGCGACCAGGCUCCUCCUCAUCGCGUGCCCAUCAAGCUGAGUUCAUGGAAAUGCAGGAUGAAUGCAAGCCUUGGGGCCAUGUUUAGUCUCUUCUGUUUGGAGAAUAAGACAUGCCUGUUGUAGCCCAGAUGUUCUUUCAGCUCUGACUGCGUUGUAAGCCCUGGGGGCUUUUGCCACACCCAUGGGAAGAUUCCUAUUGGGAAUUGUGCCUGGAAUCCUACCCAGGUUGACCUAGCUCAUCUUCUCAUCUUGGAAGUUCUCUCGACUUCAUUUGGUGCUUUUGAUUUUGCACCUCUUGGUGGUUGUAGCCCCACCAGCAUGCUAUAGGACAAGACUUUCAUGCUUUUAAUCAUUCCUACCCUAGAGAGCAGCUUAAGCGGCCUUUUCCCGGGCAUCCCUCGGAGUCCCACAGUUUACUUGGUUAUGAUUCUCAGUGUAAACUUUUUCAAAUGUUUCUUUAGAAAAUGGACACAUGGCAUUCUCCUACAUACGCCAUUCCUAGAGAGAAAAGGGGAGCAAACAUCCUGUUCUUGGAACCAGCUUUUGGGGUAGGCUGUACCUUAAUCCUCUUGCCAGACGCAAGGCUUUAUAUAAACCUUACCAGGAAGGAUACAGGUCAGUUGCUUUUUAGUCAAUAUGAAGUUUUAUCCUUCGCAGCCCAGGUACUAUGAUCUCCCUUUUUUUUUAAACUAGCAGAAGAGUUGAGAUGUUGGAAUAAUGAAGAGAUAAGCUACCUAUGCAAGAAGCAGUUAUGUACCUUCAGAUCCCUCCACUUCCUGCCAAACAUUCCAUGACUGCCAGUGUGAGACAUGUUGGUGCCAGGUCUUAGAAUUCUAGGCCUGUUUCCCUCCCUCGUCCAGUGGUGAAGCUAGUCCUAGCUGUUGAACCUUUCCUUCCAGCUCCAGGGAAGAACGUGCCUCAUCAGUAGCCCUCGCCAUGUCGGACUGGACUUUGUUCUUAGGAGACCCCACGGCCAGCAGACCUCUUCCUUUUGUCAGGUGGUCGCAGCCUCCGCUUCGCCAAGCUCCAGCUGAUAACAGGCCUUCACCUUUCUUCCCUCCACCUGUGUGCCCUGAGCUGCUGGUACACCUAGUAGGCUCUUGCUAAAAACAUGGACUUUUUCUAUGCUCGAGCAGAGGAAAUGGAGAGUUGGACUACUUUUCUAGGGUCCCAGUCAGCCCAAUAAGAAAGGUUGGAAGGGAGGAGCUGUGAAGUAGCUUUUACUAUUUUUUGCUGCCAUUUCUUAUCCUCCAAAGCAUUCUUAACAUUUUCUUUGGCAACUAGCAUAGAAACUUACCAGGGAUAUCUCCUUUCCCAGAGUCACCUUCCAGAUGAUAACGGACAGUUGUGGACUUGCUUGUCAUUGUCAUCUUUGUGGCACACUGUGCCUCACCUGUCUCCUGUAUGCAUGGCCUUGGCAGCUUCCUUGGUUGCCUGUCUGUUAAAAGUAGAAUCCUGUUAGCCAACUGUAGUAAAGGAGAAUAGGUUUCUUCUUCUGCCUGGGUUAUUUAAUAAUUGGUCCCUUGGCCACACUGUCACUUCUACCUGGUGGCUGUGAUGCCUAUGAUACCUGGAGAAUUAGCACUGCCGGGGCAUUUUGAGGGACUAAUAGAUGAAUUAGCCAUUCUGUUUUUGUUUGAGUCUUCAUCCCUGCUCUGGCUUGGGGGUGUUCAUCAUGGCUUCCUACUCAUAUUUAUCUGUCGGUGGCCCCAAAUGGAAUUCCUUUUUGUCUGCUGGCAUGAAAGUCUACAAAUGACUUUUAGUCUUGUCCAAAGUCAUUCUGCCAGCAAAAAUGAAUUUGCCCUGAUUAUAAGCAAAUUACCUUUCUCAUUUUGUGUUUUAUUCUCACAUGGUAACAUUCUGCCAGCAUAGUGUCUAAACAUUUUUAUCAUUCCAAAUGGCGACUCUUUGCCCUUGAAGCCAUUGACUGUUCACAGAUGGGAAGAACUCAUCUCCUGGACCACACGUUGCCCCUCCCUGCCCGCCUGCUCUGCCCCACUUCCUAACACUGUCUGCCUCUGACCCAGCUGCUUGGCUGCUGGGUGCCCCCCUUCCUCCUCAGGCAGUGUGCGACCCACUGGCUUGUUUCUCCUCCUGGGGAUGCUUUGGGUAUGGAGGAGGGGAACAUGAAAGUUGCCAUCACAGACAACAGGCAUCUGUGAUUAGAACAGUACUGCCUUUCACACAUUGUACCAGUCUCUGAGAUUUGCAGAACUCUUGAGUCAUGUAAUACCUAGUAGCUGGAAAGGUAAGACGGAUAAUCACUUUCCCACUGGGGUUCUGAAUUGAAUACUAAAUUUUUAUCGGACACAUUUUUAUACCAUGUAUAGAUUAUCCCCAUUUUGGGUUUAAUUUUAUUUUUAUAACUAUUCUUUUCUUUGACUCCUCUUCUGCCUACCUUCGGGGAUAGUUUUGUUUAAUUUCUUCUGUUUUGUUUUAAAUGUCAUUUUCUGGCUUAUGUUAGUGAUGGUGGGAGGUGGGAGGAAGGAGAGACGACUGAGAGGUACAGAUUUUUGGUGAAAGCAAAGAGCUAUAUUGCUCAAGUCCAUUUUAUCAUCUUACUCUUAAAUUUCCUAGUUCAUAAUUCUUGCAUAGAAAAGAACCAAAGGUUUUAAUGUUUUUUGGAAGGUUUGGGGAUUCUGGCCUUAACCCAUACAUUGAAUGUAUGAUGACUAGGAGGACAUGUUUAUAUACCCUGAGGCCCCCACCCAUAACUGUUUGGUACUAUGGUGACUUGUGUACAUUUCUCUUCAAAGUGAUAUUAUAUCUGUAUGGGCAACCCAGUAACCAAUAAAACGACGGCAUAUUCCUGUGUGAUAAGGAAAAUGCACACUCUGUUUUUACUUUUCAAAGUUUCAUUCUAAAAGUAGCUUAAAAUGAAAUUUAUAUGAAAGCAUUUUUAUCACAAAAUAAAAAAGGUUACAUGUCAA